GAACCGGAAACACUGGAAUCCAUUGAUCUAGCGACGCUGAGGAAAAUUAGCCAAGCCAGCAUCGACACGAUCAAUCAGCCGUUCAACAGAAUGGACAUAUUUUUUCGAGGCAGUUGUCGCAGUAUUCGCAGUCGGGUCGGCGAGCUUCCCGAGUCGAAGGAGUGCCAAUGUGCUAGAAGAAAUAUCGACGUGGAUGUGAUUGAGCCUCAGGGAUUACUUGAAACCAUCAAGUCGACGCUACUGCAGAUUCUGGACGUGCGGCUGUUUCGCUCACUUACCUUUCUGGCCUGGACUGUAGGCGGAGCAUCGAUGGCUUUUGGACUCUUUGUUCCAUUCACGUACGUUCCCAAACAGUCGACGAUUUUGGGGUAUUCGAAAAGCAAGUCCAGUCUGCUCGUGUCAGUUAUUGGAGUUACUAAUAUUAUUGCCAGGAUAGCCUGCGGCUGGCUGUCGGACAGGCCCAAAAUCGAUGUUAUUCUAGUGCAGAACGUUUCCAUAUUUCUCGGAGGAGUUGCUACGAUCAUUCUGCCGCAUCUUACGGACUACUGGACGUUGGUCAUAUACUGUAUAUUGUUUGGACUUGCCAACGCUUGUUUUUCAUCUCUUCGAUCGAUCGUCUGCGUGGAACUGCUGGGCCUGAAUAAUUUGACGACGGCAACUGGGUGGUUAUUUCUCUUCCUCGGGUUCGCGAAUCUACUUGGCUCUCCGGUUGUAGCCUUCGUGUACGACGUAACAGGAAAUUUCAAAUUAUCGUUUUACAUCAUCGGUGGCCUAAUGGUCUUCUCAGCCGUUCUUGGGUUUUGCUGGCGAAGGAUCAAAGCAUGGGAGAAACAGAGGAAGCGAUUGUGCAAAAAAUGUGCUAAAAUUCUGCCGGUGUAUUACUAA